UAAUAUAAUUUGACAAUAUUUUGUUUCCUUUUUUAAAAGAUAUCGAAUAUAAAAUAAAACAAUCCUAUUGGUUGGUGAACCUAGAGGUUCACCCUAGGGGGUGGACCUAAGAAUAAGUCUUUGGGGACUGCGCAAUAAAGUUUCAGUCUUGGUAAUAUUUCCAAAGACCAACUUAAAUGUAAAAACACAGACCUUUUUCAAGUCUACAGAUUUUUUUAACAAAUUAGAGGAGGACGCGUAUCCUUUUUGUCGUUUUCAUCUGAGAAUAUCUUCUUUCCCUCUCUCGUUGUUGCCUUGCCCUCCCACAAAGAUCCAAAAAAAGAACUAUAAAGCUAAAAUCUGAGAGAGCCAGAUAGUAUUAUAAAGGAGAAAAAACCCUAACAUUAAGUAGCUUUGAAAACUCCCUCGGCUGAAUCAUGGCCGCCGUCCCUGAAGGAUAUUACGAAUCCACAAACCCGUUUCUUGUUCACGGGCCAAGAGGGUUUGAGGAGUUCAAGUUGCUUGAGGGUUUUGGCAUGUACGUGAGGAUGGACUUUCCAGGCGUUCCGGAGGAGUGCGUGAGGAUUUCUCUAGACCCGGCGAAGAAAUCUUUGGCUGUCUACGCAGAUGCUCCAAAGGUCCACAGAUACGACCUCGCUCAACGGAAGUACCUCUCCGUCAUCGAAACCGUCUGCAGAUGCUGCGUGUUCGACCGCUUCACUUACCAAAUGUCAGACGGUGUUUUAAGGCUUCAUCUCUCCAAGUCUAACAUCGAUCCACGUCGCUCUUCCUGCAUCGAGUUUAAAUAUUCUGCUUUCGGAGAAGAUAUCUCUGGCAAUGACAUGGACGAGUCGUAUGAGUCGAAGCAGCUCGAAGACGGCAAUUUAUACGUGCGUUUAGACAUGCCAGGCGUUCCCAAGGACAACUUCACUGUCUCAGUGGCUAACGGCAAAGUAAACGUGACUGGUCAAGCUCCUGCUCUUAGCCACGACUCAGGUUCUCGGUUGUACUCUGCUGACGUGGUUAUGCUCUCCGGUCCUGUCGACUUUCCUAGCCAUCGGGUCAAAACCAUCAUCAAGAACGGUGUCAUCCGACUCCUCGUCCCUCCCGUUUGAUAUCAUUAAUUAUGGUGACGUGGCUAAAGAUAAUAUAUGUUUCUUUAUGUUU